GAGCUGCUGUCGGAACUGCAAGGCACUCGCUCCUGUGUGUGUGCCUGCGGGAGGAAUUUCUUGAGUGACCCAGUGCGCUGCGAGGACAAGCGAACAAGCAACCGGGAAGGUACCGCUUGAUCACGACCUGCCUGCUAGCAGCUCGGAGCCUGACGCCGACAGCAGCAGCGCAAACCCCCCUCUGCCCUUCCGGUACUUUGCCUCGGGCCGUCGCCCUGCGCCUUAUAGGUUGGCAUUGGGAACCCCCCGCGAGUGGGGAUGCUUCCGUCACGGGUAGCCGGCGCCAUGCGGCUCGUCUCAGGCUCGUGUCCCGCAGCUCUUGUCCGAUCGGCCCUCGGAGGGCUGCCCCGCCAGCAGCGUCCAGCGUCCUAUGUCUACCCCUCCAUCGCGAGCUCCAGGCCGCUCUCCAACUUACAUCCCCUUCGACAAAAACAACAACGACAACAACAACAUCCCCAUUCACCUUCGAGACCAAGAUUCCAACAGUCCGCGCAGCAGCAGCAGCAACAGCAGCGGCAGCAGCAGCAGCCACACAGGUCGUCUUCCACAAUGUCUUCCCAACCCGCACACCCGACGUUGCUCAUCCCUGGGCCCAUUGAAUUUGACGAUGCCGUCCUCCAGUCCAUGGGCCACUACAGCGAGAGCCAUGUCGCCGCCGGCUUCGUCGCGACUUUUGGCGAGACCCUCACCAUGUUGCGCCAGCUCUUCCAGACCACCAGCCCCGCCUCCCAGCCCUUUGUCCUCAACGGCUCUGGCACCCUCGGCUGGGACCUCGUCGCCGUGAACCUGGUUGAGCCCGGCGAGGAUGCCCUUGUCCUGAGCACCGGCUACUUUGGCGACGGCUUCGCCGACUGCCUGCGCGCCUAUGGCGCCAAUGUCACCAAGCUCGACGGUCCCAUCGGCGGGCGGCCCCAGGUCGCGGACGUGGAGAAGGCCCUCAAGGAGAAAAAGUACAAGAUUCUGACCGUGACGCACGUCGACACCUCCACCGGCGUCCUGAGCGACAUCAAGAGCAUUGCCGCCGCCGUCAAGAAGGUGUCCCCCGAGACCCUCGUCAUCGUCGACGGCGUCUGCAGUGUAGCCUGCGAGGAGCUUGCCUUUGACGACUGGGGCCUCGACGGUGUUGUCACGGCGGGCCAGAAGGCCAUUGGCUGCCCUGCCGGCCAGUCCAUCUCCAUGUUCAGCGGCCGCGCCAUCCAGGUGGUCCAGAACCGCAAGACGGAGCCCGCCACGUACUUUGCUUCCAUGAAGCGGUGGCUGCCGAUCAUGCAAAACUACGAGGCCAAGAAGCCGUCCUACUUCGCCACGCCCUCGCCCCAGCUCGUCCACGCCCUCAACACGGCCCUCAAGCAGAUCCUGGCCAAGCCCCUGUCGGAGCGCUUUAGCAAGCACAUCGAGGUCUCGGACAGGGUCAAGAAGACCGUGACGGACAUGGGUCUCAAGAUCGUCGCGACCAAGCCCGAGGAUCAGUCCCACGCCAUGACGGCCAUCUACCUCCCCGAGGGUGUCGCCAUCCCGGACGUCCUGCCCAAGCUCCUCAGCAAGGGCAUCAUCUUCGCCGGCGGCAUUCACAAGGAGAUUGGCACAAAGUACAUUCGGUUCGGCCACAUGGGCAUCACGGCAGUCGAUCCCCGCCGCAACGAUGUCGACAAGGCUCUCGAGGCGCUCAAGUCUGCGCUGGCCGACUGCGGCUACAAGGCAUAGACGAAGCGGGGAAUUCGCAGAGGAGUGUACAUAAAUAUUUGGACAAGUACCUACUACGUCAACGAAACUCUUAGAGCACGCACUAUAGUGCCGCACCGUGAGGGGGGCCAACUUUGCCCGCAUCUUCUGGCGUGCAAAAGCUUGUGAACCUGUCACCUGCUACGCGGUCACGACGGGCCAGUGAGGUCUCAACUUCUCGGGUGAGGAGGGGUAUUGAGUGGUUGCCGCGGGCAUAAGCGAACCUUGCGGACACCUGAAGGGGAUAGUUGACGAAGUAUACUCGACGCAUUCGUAGCC